CAGCACAAAGUCGACUGUUGCUUGAACGCUCAUCGCCGGCUUGCUGCCAGAAGUACUCAUGGACUUAUAAGACUCUGGAAGCACGGCGCACGCUUAUAUAUAUAACCGCGCAUGCGCAGAAUCAUCCAUGCCGCAAAAUUCUUCCAACUAUGCCAAUCGUGCGAUUCUUUCAAAUUUUAUCGCGAAAGUUGCACGAAAACUUAAACGAGACCUAACUGAAUCACCAAAUAAAUACGUCCGAAUAAAAAUAUACACUUAAAGAUCAGCCCUAAUGCGACGAAUCGGCGCUCUGUGCGAAUUCGCUCGUUCUCGCAGUUCUAACCUAACCUAAGUUCGCCGUAUAAACACGCGAGUGACGUUUGAGAUUAGUCAACGCUGACCUGGCUUCGUUUCGUAGCGAGAUUCCUUGUUUUGUCGCGAACUUCUCAUCGCACCUGCACCACCGGAAUUAUGGACAGUUAAAAAUGCCCGCGUGAAUAACCGAAAUCGCAUCUUUACGGGUAAAUUCUCAGUGUUCCGCAGAUCAUUGUACUGGAAAAUCGCUCGACAAAAUUUAGACCGGCUUCCUUCAUCGGUCAUCAUCGCCAAGAUAGAUAAAGCAUCUAGGACUCAGCCCGGACCAAGAUGGCUACGCAGACCCCUUAUUUGGAUGCUAUUCAAUCAAUUCCCGGCGACACCCCUGGUGAGAAGCUCAAAUGGAUAGCGGACUUCGUGAAGCAACAGCUAUCCGUGUCCGACAAUCUGGAAGAUGUAGUCGAGUAUGAGAAAAUCCCAAAACCUCUUAUACCUCUGGUACAAAUUCAGGCAGCCAUAAUGUUAAACAAGAAAGAUCCCAAGAAUCAGAGCACUUACGAGGCUAUAGCAGAAGCUCUAAAAUCGGAAGACAAAUUGAUCGUGAACAAAGCUUUGAAAGUCAGCAACUUCUUCAAUGGUACCAACGAAAGUAUCACUAAUACUGAAUAUUUUUUCGAAAAUUUAUUUCCAUACGUUUCUUUGAACACUAGAACGCGGAUCAUCAAAGCUUUGGCCUUGCACUUAGGACCCAGGAACUCUACCCUCGCUGAAAAAUUCUUCUUAUCAAUAGACUCGUUUUACGGUCUAGAGCACGCCUUACCUUUGCUAUUAGCAUGCAGUGACACUUUUGUAUAUAACACUAUUCUAGAAAAGAGGAUGGUACUAAGACGAAACAUGGUUAAACUGUUCUUCCGCAAGAAUCCAGACCUCGUCGUGCGCUAUCUUCGACUGAGCAAGCCGACAAACUACUCCUGUGCGAGAAAACUUCCUUCGGUGAAUAUCCAUGAUUUUACUGACAUUCUGGUGGGAUUGGUCAAGACACGAAUAGAGUCGUUUGCAGAACUAUGCGAAAUGCACGAGAAAGAUCCACCAAAAAUACUUCUGAGCAACAAGAGCGUCGAAGCGUUCCUGAAGAAUGGCAAAGAAUACCUGGAGCGAAACGCCAAGUUGUACAUUACGAUGAUUCCUUUGAAGAGUAUCGACGACAACUACAUGGAAAUUAUAUUUCCAAAACUAUUACCAGAUAAUAUCAAAGACUUUGACACUGAUAACAUGUUGAAUUAUUUGAAGUACUAUCGACAGGAUAGAAAGAGGGAGCUUUUCUUGAGAACUUAUCAGCAAGUAUAUAAUAGCUGUAUUUUGGACGAUUCGAAGAAGGUAACUGCUAAUUUAUUGGAAAUAUUGCAUCCCAGGGAUCGAAUCAAUCAGGCGAAGAUCAAAUUGCACGCUGAAAUUGAAAACUACAAGAAAAGCGAAAAUACAGUUAUGUGGGAGUGUUUUUUAGCUAUUGAAGAUUCGUUAACACUGUUCAGAAAUGAAAUUCGUAAAACCUCACAAAUGGAACAUAGAAUGCGUCUAGCUUGUAGAAUGAUCCAUUCUUGCAAGAUAAACAACGAUGAUCUGGCACUGAUAAAAGUCUUGACGUAUUUGAAGGACAGGCACUGUAAUGAGCAACCUUGGUUCCUAUACGAGGUGUUCAAGACUUUGUUGAAACUCUAUGAUCUUCCUCAAAUGGGUGAGGAUUGUUGGACGAUAUUAAUUGACAUGAUAGUACGUGCUCAUGUGAAAAAGGACUUGUUGUUCUUGAAUGACGUCGGCGUGAAGAUGAUAGAAGCUGCCAUUCACUAUAAAAUAAAUCAGAAUCAACCGUUUCAUGAGUUAAUUGAUAUGCUGAUAGAUUUAAAGAUUACGAAAUGCAGAGGCCACUGGAAUAUUCUUCAGAAGUAUCACAACUACGAGAGAAUGUGUCUGGAGGAUUGCCUAAACAUCGUUUCACAAAAAUAUAAUUCAGACCAGAUUCCCUGGAAGCAAGACAGAGCUGAAAUCCUUUCCGAUCUCUGUUCUUCGAUUUAUUAUUAUAACGAGGUCCACGUGAACAAAGCUUCUCGUAUAGAACGCAUGGCGGUCAAAAACUAUCCAUGGUUGCUGGAAGCGAUAGAGGAAAUUAUAUCUACGAUCAAACAGAAUGACGUUUAUGCAGUUGUAAAUCUUCAGGAUAUGUUCAUAAAAUACGAAAUGGAUCUAUACGAGCGUUUUUGGCCAAGAACCAGAAAGAUAGGUGAAAUAGAAAUAAGCGGGGCUUUAAAACUUUUGAAGAGAAACCCGCAAGAAAUUCUGGAUCAUUGGAAGGAAUAUCUAAACGCUUGCAAGGAUAACUGGAAGGAAAGGCACACGAAACUCUUCAUUAAGGCUAUACGUUGGUACAAGGAGAUUCCAAUUAAAUUCGCAGAACAGUGUCUUCAAGAUCUGACUGAAAAAAAGGAAGAGGUCUGUUUAGAUAUCUUAAGCAUUCUCGUUUACGGAGAAACGUUCUCAAAGAUCAUAGAACCGUUGAUCCCAACGAGCAAGACGCUGAAUAUUCAUCAAACAGGUGCAAAAACUAAUUACCAUUUCAUUCGACACCUUGUAUAUGGCAUCAGACUCGCAAAUCCACCGGUGCCUCUGACAAUGUUGAAUAGAUUGUGCCAAGGGGACUACCUACCACUGGCCCUAACUGCUUUGGUAAACGUUUGUAGAAGAACGAAUGUAAUGGAUGUGAUACCUUUUGCUAGAAUGUUAUCCAGUCAGAAAUCAACCGUUCGGAAACACGGGAUGAAAUUGAUGCGUAUCGUGGCAUCCCGUAAUCAUUUACUUAACUUCUUCCAAACGCAAUGGAAGAUCGAAAAGAAUCAGUCUAUCCGUGAAGUAAUAUUCUUCAUAAUCGCACAAUUGUUCCAGGAAGAACCAGAAAUCCCUACGUGGCUAUUGUUCUCUCAUAUAAUCUCCUCGCUCACACUGCGAGAUGAAAAAGUCUGCCUCGUGGUACUUAUAAUGAUCAAAUCGCUUCCCGACCAUUACGUGGUCGAUUUUAUUAAACAAUCCUUAAAUAUGAUCGACACGCUUGAGAGGCUUGGUCUCUCUAGCGAUAAGGUUGCGCAGUAUACGAGUACGAUGUUGAGCUCCAUAGACGUAGGUAUUUGCAAUCUUCUAGCCGAAAAUUUCAUCAAAUUCCUCAUUCAAAGAUAUCUCUUCCACCAAAAUCUGUUUAUCUCCAAAAGUUUAAACGAGUUUGUGGUUAGAGUUGUGUUGCUCCCGGAGGGGAAAAAAUUCGACGGUCGAUUGGAGAUCUUCUCCAGUUUGCUUAGGGAGGCCAUCACGCGUAGUUACAGCCUACCUAAUGCCAGAAAUGUCCAUCUUUUAUCAACGAACAUUUCUCUUCGUAGGUUCGUAGAUACCGUCAUGCACACGGUCUCGUGUUCGGAAAAUAAGAUACGGUUAGUCGAUGAAAUAUUGUCGAUGUUUAUAUCCACUCUUCAUCCUCUGAUGGACCCCACAUCGUACUUGCAAUUAACAUUUUUGAGGGCGCAACUUACUUCGAUCACGCCAGUGCAAUACGGAUUAAAUGUGGGCCAAAAGUUGUGUGAUUUGGUUAAGAUAUUCUCGCCGCAUUUUGUAUUUUUCAUGACUGAUAUUUUACAAAAUAUGCCGCUAUCGAAUUCGUUCGAGUAUUACAAUAAAAUUGAGAUCGAUUUAGGGAUAAUCGAGGGAUUGGUAGAAAUCAACAGCGUCCCAUCUAUGCUAAUGGCAGUGCAAAUGAUGUACUCCAUUAAUAUAAACGAGUAUCAGGGAUUGAACGAAGUAACAGAUUUCGAAGAUAUCGAUACCUGUAACGAGUAUCAGGGAUCGAACGAGCAUCAGGAAAUGACUAUCAGACGCGAUGGGAUCUUAAUAAAGUUAAUGCAAAGUAAGCUUCCGGCGGUCAGGGCCAUGGUCUGUGAAAUUAUUAAUAAAAGAAAUUUGAACAACUUUAACAUAGAUUUAUCGAGUUCGAUCUGAAAAGGAUGGUCAAUGGUUCGGUAUUGAUCGUUGGUUGCCAGUUACUAAUCGCGUGUGCAAUUGCUGUUCGUAUUUUACAUUUUAUUCGAUGGAGUAGAACGAAAGACACACAAUGGACGAACGAUUGUGAUUUUCGCGAUAAAUGGUUAUUGGGUAGUUGAUCGAACGAUGGAUUUUUAUGCUUGUCGAUACGAGUUAGAGGACGAUACGACGCAAUUUCAGCGAUUAGAUAGAUCGUUAGACUGUGAAAGCUCGUGUAAAGCUCGCGAGAUUUAUUUGUUUGUCAGAUGUAUUUUUUAUAUUGUACAUAUAGAAAUGUUAAGCACGCGAAGACGCUCAAAGAUACUAUUUAAGAAAAUACCAUUGUGAUACGAGUCUCGGAACGUUACGUGCAUUUAAUUAUGCAUUCGAUGUCAUAGUACGCAUACGAGCCAUGUAAUAAAGUAUUGCACCAAUGCGUGGUGUAGUCUUUCUUUUUUAUUGAAAUUCUACCGUAUUUAUAUAGGAAUUUUAUCGUGUUAUGUAGCCUGAAAUUUACAGAUUUACAAGAUGUUAUAAAUAAAAAGAAUUCAAGACUCUGUAAUAAAUUUAUGUAAUUAACGUAAUAACAACAGUUAAUAUGAUAACGA